AUGCAUUUUUUAUCUUUUCUCCUUUACUUUAUAAAGGCUGCUCGGAUUGAUGGCUUUCCGGGCGUGAUAACUUCAUUGGGAACACUCAGGAUACGUGGAAACCUAUUUGUUGCCACUUUGAGUCGAAGCCAAGCUGCUGAACUCGUAGCACAGUAUCGAAAGCAGGUGACUGAACUUGUAUCUAGUCUCAAGAAUCUAGCUUCAUCUGAGACUCAAGGAUGUUCCGACCAGCCAUAUUCUUCAGCAGAUGCCUCUACCUCUGCAAAACCGGCUACACUAAUGCCGACACCCGCAACACCACAUAUAGUCUCAAAUGCAAACGCAGUAGCAUUAGCUGGAGCACUUAGUGUAGGUGACGAUGAUGUCAGAGCAAGCAGUGAAGAUGCAGUCAGAAACAAUGCUAUAAGUAAAAGUGCAAGCCUCAGCGAGUCCGGUAUCCUACCACCGGUUUCAGUAACUACGCUAAACUUCGGGCCGGAACAAGCAGCUGUUAUCUUCUCCGGGUCUUUGGCACCUCUGCACAGCAUGGCCAAAUUUGCACCUUGUCGAGUAAUUAUUAUCUAUUUUAUCGCAUUAUUAUAG